CCUAUCGUAUCCAAUCCGCAUCUCUAGCCGCACCAUCGAGGCAUCGGUGUCGUGUAUCGUCUUUGUUCAAUGCAGAUAAACUCAACUGCUGGCGCAACAUUCUGAAUAAGCUCUCCACGUGAUCUACCUUGUUCUUUCAUCACAUGACGUCGAUUUAUGGAAUCAGGCACUCAACAUUCAAGCAGAAGCAAAGCAGCAGAAACAAGAAGAGAAGAAGACGAAGACGAAGCAGGCAGUGGAUGCGCAUCGGAGAGACUGCUGUUGAGCCCCUGUUAUCUCGCUGACCAGCCUGACGCUCUGGUGCGUUGACAGCUACAGCUACAUCUACAGCUCUAAACAUCCCAAGCUUCUUCCUCAGUGUCGUCAUCAUGGCAAGCUGGUUCACAUCGUCGUCCCCGCUGGACGAUCAAGUUGAGAAGGCCACGUCCUCUAGCUUGUAAGUGAUAAGUUUGGAUAUGGCUAGCGGCUGUUAACAGUUACUAGGGAGGAUAUCGCUUUGAACCUGGAGAUUUCCGACCUGAUUCGAUCCAAGACAGUGCAGCCCAAGGAGGCUAUGAAAGUGCUGAAGCGCAGGCUGGAGACGAAGAAUCCUAACGUUCAGCUCGCGACGCUUAAGGUCUGUGUGUUGAUCUGAGAUGUCUUGCUCCGUUGUAGGAUCUUGAUCGCUAACCGGGGCUCUUUGCUUAGCUGACCGAUACCUGCGUGAAGAAUGGCGGUCGGCAUUUUCUCGUCGAGAUCGCAUCUCGAGAAUUUAUGGAUAACCUCGUUUCCUUACUCAAAACCGAAGGCCCAAAUGCCUUAAACCUUGAUGUCAAGACCAAGAUGCUGGAGCUCAUACAGAACUGGGCCAUGGCCGCUCAGCCCAGGAACGACCUAUCUUACAUCGCCGAAACCUAUCGGAAACUACAGAACGACGGAUAUAAUUUCCCACCAAAGACUGAGAUCUCAAGCACUAUGCUGGAUAGUGAUGCCCCCCCUGAGUGGAUUGACUCAGAUGUAUGCAUGCGAUGUCGCACUGCAUUUACAUUUACCAACCGCAAACAUCAUUGUCGCAACUGCGGGAACGUUUUCGAUGCUCAGUGUUCUAGCAAGACCCUUCCACUGCCGCAUCUUGGGAUAAUUCAACCUGUUCGGGUGGACGAUGGCUGUUAUGCAAAACUUACAUCGAAAUCAACCAGCGCAGCCGCUCGUUCGUUUAGUAAUUCAUUAAACACACCAGCAGUUCCGGCGAAUAAGCCCCGCAUGGAACCUCGGAGUGCGUAUGCUGAUAACGAUUUUGACGAAGAUUUGAAGCGGGCGCUACAGAUGAGCUUGGAGGAUUCAAAGGGGCGACAGUCCUCUGGUUAUGUUCCACAACCCAGAUCCACAUACGCGUCGCCAAAGGUACAAGUUAGCGCCCCGAAAAAUGAUGAGGAAGAAGACGCAGAUCUCAAAGCUGCUAUUGAAGCAUCGUUAAAGGACGUGGAAGAGCAAAAGCGAAAGCAUACCGCGGCCCUGAAGAGCUCUGCAUAUAGCGACAAGCCGGAAUCCAGCAAAUCUUCCGCAGUUUUGCCGAAAAAGGAUUAUGAGUUGACACCCGUCGAAGCUGAAAAUAUCAACUUGUUAGCCACCCUUGUGGACCGGCUACAACACCAACCUCCAGGAACCAUUUUACGAGAACCCCAAAUUCAAGAAUUAUACGAAAGUAUUGGUGCUCUACGACCAAAGCUCGCUCGAACGUACGGUGAAACGGUCAGCAAAUAUGAUACACUUCUUGACCUUCAUGCUAAAUUAUCGACGGUUGUGCGAUAUUAUGACCGCAUGCUGGAAGAACGACUCUCAAAUACAUACUCGCGCCAGACUUUGAAUGCAUAUGACAGUGUUCGUCCCCAGUCGGGUUCCAACUUCUACCCAUCUAUGACCCAGCAUAACACAGGUGGCCAUGAAGGCGCCGAAAACUUCUAUCUUGGAGCCGGCGCACCAUCCGAACUCCACCAGUCGCAAUACCCGCCUACCCAGUACCCGCCACCAUCUGCAACCUCUCACCAAACUGUCUACACCCCUCCUGCUCCGACAAACGGACAGAAUCCUAACUAUAACUACAUGUCACCCGCCCUACAGCCACCCCUACAACAUCACCAGCAGCAACAGCCGCCUCCACCACAGCAGCAAGCAGCUUCAAAACCUGUUGUAGAGGAAAGUCUGAUCGAACUUUGACCAAAAAUGAUAACCUGCGAAAUUAGUACUUCGUGAACUUUAUGAUAUGCCAUCUAUCUACCCAAGCAUAAUCUAUUGUUAAUCACUAAGAAGAUUGCAACAUGUAUCUCUUUUAAUCUCUUCCUUUGCUGAAGCAUAUUACCUACUCUGGGGUAUUCAAUAGAGGUUGGAGAUUAACAUCAUCAUCAUCCUUCUCUCCUAUAGAGAAGUCCCAAGACCCCACUUUGUAAUGCUUAUAAAUAGGACAAUGAUAGUAUUAUUGGAUUUGUAUCUCAUAACCUUAAUAUAACUUUGGACAACCCCGCGCUAAUAGACGCUGUAGCCGCAGGCCAAGAACUCU